CCCGGCGGCGCUGCGGCGGCGGGCGGGCGAUGCGCCGGGCCAUGGCGGUGUUCGUGACGCGGCGGAUCCCGGCCGAGGGGCUGCGGGUCCUGGCGGAGGCCGGCGGGUGCCGCGUCCAGCAGUGGGACUCGGAGGAGCCCGUCCCGCGGCCGCAGCUGCUGGCGGGGGUGGCGGGGAAGCAGGGGCUGCUCUGCCUGCUCUCCGACCGCAUCGACCGCGAGGUGCUGGACGCCGCGGGGCCCAGCCUGAAAGUCAUCAGCACCAUGUCCGUGGGCUUCGACCACCUCGCCUUGGAUGAAAUUAAAAAGCGAGGGAUCCGUGUUGGAUACACCCCCGAUGUCCUGACCGAUGCCACUGCAGAGCUCUCCGUGGCUUUGCUUCUGGCUACGUGCCGCCGGCUGCCGGAGGCAAUAGAGCAGGUGAAGAAUGGUGGCUGGACAACAUGGAAGCCUUUGUGGAUGUGUGGCUAUGGUCUGUCUAAUAGUACGGUGGGCAUCAUAGGUCUGGGAAGAAUAGGACAGGCAGUUGCCCGCCGUCUAAAGCCAUUUGGGGUCAAGAACUUUUUGUACACUGGAAGUCACCCAAAACCAGAGAGUGCUGCAGAGUUUCAAGCCACGUUUGUCCCACUCACGAGGCUGGCUGAAGAGUCAGACGUUGUUGUUGUGACGUGUGCUCUGACUCCUGACACCCAGGGAAUGUGCAACAAGGAUUUCUUCAGCAGAAUGAAGAAGACCUCUGUGUUCAUCAACACAAGCAGGGGGGCUGUGGUGAACCAGGAGGACCUGUAUGAUGCGUUAGUCAGUGGCCAGAUUGCAGGUGCAGGCCUGGAUGUCACAACGCCAGAGCCGCUGCCCACUGACCACCCUCUGCUUUCCCUCAAGAACUGCGUGAUUCUGCCACAUGUUGGGAGUGCCACCUAUGCCACCCGGACCACCAUGUCGGUGCUGGCUGCUGACAACCUGCUGGCCGGUCUGCGGGGGGAGCGCAUGCCGCAUGAGCUGCUGCUGUGACGGCCCAGAGCCAGCCACCUCUGUGGGGUCACUGUGCAGGACGCAGCAUCGCCCUCCAGCCUGGAGAAGCUUGAAAGAUGGGUCUGGUGCCUCUUCUCUGCAGCUAAUGCGUCAAUGAUAACCACAGUGAGAGAAUUGUAGCUAUUAAACCGUGGCUAUUAAAGAGAA